GCCAUCCUUGAGCACACUCGCUGGCAUUGCACUUCUCCUAUCACCCGCUAUCAGCCCCAUGGACACUAGCCGACUUAGCUCAUAGUAUCUGCAACAAAUUCGGCCAUUUGAAUUGUCUGAGCGAUGACCGAGGAACUUGUUUAUGACUCCAGGAAGUACAAGAAAUGGCUGAGAGGGUGGUUAAGCUAUGCAUUCGCCAGUGAGGUAUUCGUGGUCGUGUCUUUGACCUUGUUCUUGCCUAUAUGUCUCGAGCAGUUCGCGAGAGAUAACGGUUACCUUCUCCCAGACCAUACAGUCCCAUGUUCUGCGGCGAACUCGACGAUACCGCUUCCGGGCGACUUGUCGAACUCAACAAGCAGUCUAAUAUCUAAUGCAACCGUAACGACAGCACCUGCUGAAGAGAUUCGUUGUGUGGUGAAGCUGGGAUGGAUGUGGAUAGACAGUGCGAGUUUCAGCCUGUAUGUCAACUCAGUAUCCGUCGCCUUGCAAGCCCUCACGGUCAUCUCAAUGGGCAACAUUGCCGACCAUCCACCGCAUCGCAAGUUGCUUCUUCUGUUCUUUGCUUUCUUUGGAAGCGCAGCCGCAACACUCUUCCUACUCCUGCCCUCCACAUCUCCAAUAUGGCCCACAUCAGCGUUGCUGGGUAUAUGCGCGAACGUCGGGUUUGGCGCGUCUGUCGUAGCCAUGAACGCGUACUUGCCCACACUUGCGCGAGCGUCUGAGGAAGUAGUCAUGGCCCGCGCGGACAUGCUUUCGGUCGUCGGCGAAAGCCAGCCAGGCCAGCAUUCAAACGACGGCGAGGCGGAAGACGCGUCGGAACCCUUGCUCGCGUCCCAAGGUGAUGACCACAGUAGCUCGAACGCUCUGCGCGAGGCGUACAAUAAUGCACUGUCGCGCGCGACGUCGCGAAUUUCUUCGUUUGGCAUCGCACUCGGCUAUGUGGCAGGCAUCAUUCUACUCAUCAUCGCACUUAUACCUGUAACGAAGUUGCACGGCACGACGUUCUCUCUUCGCCUCGCCAUUGGUAUGAGCGGCAUUUGGUGGGCGACGUUCUCGCUGCCCGCGGCGGCAUGGCUGCCCUCUGGCAAGACAAAGGAGGCUAAUAUGGAGUCCGAAGAUGUGGAAGGGAGCAAGGAACUGUGGAAUACGAAGAGGGAGAUUGGAAAGGCAUGGAAAAGACUCGGGAAUAUGCUGAGAUGGCGAGAAGUUAAACGGCUACGUAACACCUUCAAGUUCCUUGCAGCAUGGUUCUUGCUCUCAGAUGGCUUCACGACGAUCACCUCCACAGCCAUGCUCUUCGCAAAGACGUCCCUGAAUAUGCCCGCGACAUCGCUCGUGCUCAUCGGCAUCGUCAGUCCUAUUGCGGGCAUUGGGGGUUCGCUCGCUUGGCCGCGCAUCCAGCGCGCUCUCGGAUGGUCUAACCUGCGCGUACUCGUUACGCUGGUGUGCCUCGCAAGCCUGCUGCCCGCGUACGGCUGCUUGGGGUUCCUGCCCGCGUUCCGGAACGGGAGCAUACGCUUCGGCGGGCUGACAACGCCCGCGGAGAUGUACGUUCUCUCAGUGUAUUUUGGUGCGGUGUACGGCGCUUUCCAGGGCUACGCCCGCGCGUUCUACUCGGAGCUCAUCCCCCAUGGUGAGGAGGCCCGGUGGUACGCGCUGUACUCUAUCACGGACAAGUCAAGCUCGUUCGUCGGCCCGUUGAUCGUCGGACUCAUCGCGGACACGACAGGCAACAUCCGCUACGCGUUCUUCUUCCUAAUAUGCAUGGUGUGGAGCGCAGUGCCAAUCCUUGGCGCCAUUAACGUCGAGCGCGGACGGCGUGACGCUGCAGUCUAUCGAUUUAAGGGGUAAGCCGCACAAAGGAUAGGUUACUUUGUUGGACUCUAGAGUUAUCCAAGGGAUCAGCGGCGCGAUUGGUCAGUCACGGCAUUCUUGUUCGUCUUUUUUCCUGCCAAUCGCCACACAUCUGUACUGUAUAUUUAUGUAAUUGCUGUUUCUCUUUCCCGGAAGCUUGUUCGAGCCUCUGAAAGCCUAAAGCUCGGAUCAUCGCGAUCUUCGGUGUACACUGAGUUGUAUUUUAUUGCGAGGUGCUCUAAUGUACAGUGCGCGUGUGCCGAUGGUUGCGAGGCGAUGACUCAUCCGUGAACGAUCAACGUCCACGGCCCGUAGGGCGAAUGUGCCUAGAAUUCGCUCCUUCCCAGAAUAAGCAGAGAGAAUAACCGUUAACGUUCGUCAACACGGAACGGAUCGUCGUAAGAUGUCGUGACUAGUAUCAUCAUGUCACACUCAUGCGACUUCGUCGAGAUGCCAGCACUGGUUGCGGCCUUCCCAUGCGCUCCAGAUGGCGCAAGGAGUCCCCGGAGUCGGGUUGCCAUUAUCACUUAAGUCCAUAUUGAAGUCCGUAUUGAACAAGUACACUCUGUGCAACGAUGGCUCCUUCCAGUCAGGCUUGAUCUCCCACUGCGUGGGGACCCGGCUAGCCAUGACGCGGAUGCCCUCCUGCGCGCCCUCGUAGAUGGAGAGGUACCGGCCCGUGCCGACGUUCUGAAUAACCCAGCCUGGGCUGUCGGGUAUCUUUGCCACUUUCCAUUUCUGAGAGUCUCCGCCGUGCCAGCCGUAGCCGAUGACAGACUCGCCAUCGUCGCCAUUCUCGGCGACGUUACCCGCGCCGGCGUUGACGAACUUGUAGACACCGCCGUCUUGGAUCAUGUUGGCCAUCGCGAGUGCUCGGGUCCGUAGAGCGUGAAGAGAUGUGGGCUUGUGUAGAGGUUGGCGGGGAUUGAAGCUGCUGAAAGGUGCUGCUGAAGUGCUGGGCAAGAGCUGUCGCGCGAGCGGUUUUUAUACGUCUUAGGCGCAGGAGAUGAUCACAGCGAUGAGAUCACGGGAGCAAAACAGAACAGUUGUGUUGGAUGAGAUCAUAGCUGAGACGCGGGCUGUCUUCGGAGGUCGGAUACAUCAGCCUUGUUUUGCGGCCGUGCGGCUUGCGCGUCCUGGUAUCUUGCCCGGCGACACGACCAAUAGGGCGCCCUAGCUUUGACUUGACUCGAUCCGCUGCCGGUAAUGUACCGCCCGAGCCCUGCGGACUCUGCGUGACCAACGCAGGCCACCACGGCUGCUUCCCCCUGCGCGGCUUUCAGUGGGUCGCAUAUCGCCCAGAAUGGCAGGCCUACGAUUAGCCCUGGUUUCGAGCGAGUUCCAAGAUGUGUCGCGUAUCGAUAAGACGGUACGUGCUCUGCAUAGCCUUCGCCGAGAUUUGACAAACGCGAUGCUGCGAGAUGCCUGUUCGGCGGUGGUGAGGAAGGAUCGUCGCCGCGAUUCGUUACCCUUCGGCGAAGUUCCACGCGGAGUCUUUGAUCAUGCCCACACCAGUCCCAAUAUAUGCUGAGC